GGAAGUGCAGGUUGUGGGCCGCUCUGGCCCUCCGGAGGACUCGUAGUCGUUGCCCGAGGCCCUUCGCGGCUCUCCUCGCCUCUGGUCGGCGGUGGGCGGGUCUGACGUGUGCAGUCUGCGGCGUCGUACCGCUCUGCUGUAGCUCUGGGUUAUUAGACCAUGGGACAGCAGGAUGUGUGGCGGCUCCUGUCGAGGAGAAUGUCCAUGCAUACAGAAGCUUCGGAAGUGCUGCUGGAGAGGAGAGGCUGUGCGGGAGUCAUAACACUGAACAGACCCAAGUUCCUCAACGCUCUGUCUCUGAACAUGAUCCGGCAGAUCUAUCCACAGCUAAAGAAGUGGGAACAGGACCCUGAGACAUUCCUGAUUAUCAUAAAGGGAGCUGGAGGAAAGGCCUUCUGUGCUGGAGGUGACAUCAAAGCAAUCUCAGAAGCUAAAAACACAAGGCAGAAUUUGACACGAGAUUUUUUCAGAGAAGAAUAUAUACUGAACAAUGCCAUUGCUUCCUGUCAGAAACCAUAUGUUGCCCUUAUUGAUGGGAUCACAAUGGGUGGGGGAGUUGGUCUUUCAGUUCAUGGACGAUUCCGAGUGGCUACUGAAAGGUCCCUCUUUGCAAUGCCAGAAACAGGAAUAGGGCUAUUUCCUGAUGUGGGCGGAGGUUAUUUCUUGCCAAGACUUCAAGGAAAGCUGGGUUACUUCCUUGCACUGACAGGGUUCAGAUUGAAAGGAAGAGAUGUGCACAGAGCAGGGAUCGCCACACACUUUGUAGAUUCGGAGAAGUUGCACAAGUUAGAGGAAGAGUUGUUGGCCUUGAAGUCCCCAGCAGCAGAAGAUAUUGCAGGUGUCUUAGAAAGCUACCAUGCAGAGUCCAAGAUGGAUCAAGACAAAUCUGUCAUAUUUGAGGAACACGUGGACAAAAUAAACAGAUGUUUUUCAGCCAAUACUGUGGAACAAAUUAUUGAAAACUUACGGCAGGAUGGUUCACCAUUUGCCAUAGAACAACUGAAGGUAAUUAGUAAAAUGUCUCCGACAUCUCUGAAAAUCACCCUGAGGCAGCUCCUGGAAGGCUCCUCAAAGACCUUGCAAGAGGUACUGACCAUGGAAUACCGGCUAACUCAAGCAUGCAUGGAAGGUCAUGACUUUCAUGAAGGCGUUAGAGCAGUUCUUGUUGACAAAGACCAGAGUCCAAAGUGGAAACCAGCCAAUUUAAAUGAAGUUACUGAUGAAGAUUUGAAUAGUUAUUUUAAAUCUCUGGGAAGCAGUGAUUUGAAAUUCUGAGGCCCAUAUUCAUCCAGCCUGCAAACAGGAAAUAGUUUUCUGACUUCUAAAUUAUUGAAAAUGAAAUGAAAAGACUAACAUUUUAUGAUACGAUGGUCACCUGAAGUUUAAACACCAGUGUUUGUGUUUCAUGAGACAACAGUUAGCUCAAACACUAAUGUUUAUAGAACUUUACUCCAUAGCCGUACUUGUUGUCAUCUAUGGCUAUUGGAAGUGGCCAUGGAUAGUUUAAAAGAAAAUGGCCCCCAUAGGGAGUGGCACUAUUAGGAGGUGUGGCCUUGUUGGAGGAAGUGUGGGUGGGCUUUGAGGUCUCCUAGGCUCAUGCUAAGCUCAGUGAAACACAUUUGCAUCUGCUACCUGGGAUCAAGAUGUGGAACUCUAAGCUCCUUCUCCAGCACCAUGUCUGCCUUGCUUCCCACCAUUAUGAUAAUGGACUAAACCUCUGAACUGUAAACCAGCUCCAAUUAAAUGUUUUCCUUUAUAAGAGUUGCUAUAGUCCAAGUGUCUCUUCACAGGAAUAGAAACAUUAAGACACCAUGAUGAAUACUGUAUGGCCUUCAAAGCCUUAAGUGUCUACUGUGAUCUUCAGAAAUGGUUUGCUGGGUCCUGGUUCAAAAGAUGGGAAAUUCUCAAGAGCUCCAGAGAGUCUUGAGUUAUUAUCUCUCAUUAAAAUAGUGACUUUAGCUUCCAGUGGCAGUUUAUAUGUUAAUCAAAUUAUGUAUAGUUUAUCAAAAAUAAAGACACUGAAAUUUGGAGGGGGUAUGUUAAUUUUUUAUAAACAUUUCUUUAAAAAAUGUGAGUGAAUUUAAAAGAACACUGUAGCAGAAGAGUUACUUUGUAAACAGGAAAAACUUUAUUCGAAAAGAAAAAGAUUGCAUAAAGUUCCAACUCCAGAACACUACUAACUCAGCCUUCCCUGGGUCAUCAGAACAUACCUCCCCAGCAGAAAUGAAAGCAUUUUUCUUGUUAUGUGCAGUAUUUGCUAACCUGGGAAAAAUAAGGAAUUAAACUCAUCUCUAAGAAAGACACGGCCUUGCUUUUUAUAAGAUACAUCAAACCUUUAUAUGAAAAGUUAGAAGCAAUUUAAAAUAGAAACAUCUUUAGUAAUUGGAAGUCAGCAGAAUUUUUCAAAUAUUUUUUGUGUAUGCAUAUUUUGCCUGCAGAGCCAUAAGAAAUGGCUGGAUCCCUGGAUCUGGAGUUAAAGACAAUUAUGAGCUACCAUGUGGGUGCUGGGAACUGAACCCUGGUCCUCUGGAAGAGCAGCCAGUGCUCUAAACUACUGAGCCAGCUCUCUAACCCCUGACAGGUUUAAGUCAGAAUAAUUUUAUAUUAGAAUCAGCUAAUCAUUUAUUUUGUAUCUUGUUAUAAUUUCUCCUCCAUCCGAGGCUCCUGAAAAAACUAGGAGAAUGUGAGGUAAGAACAAAACCAACACAACUGACAAGAGCAUUGGGCUCAAGUUGGACUUGCAUUGGGCUCACAUUGGGCCCAAUGUCUGCCAUGUUCCCACGGAGGAGGAGGCUCCAGCCACAGGGUAUUGCUUUACAUUUUCUCAGCUCUUAAUCUAUUUAACAUGCAGGACUUUCCAUCCUGACAGUUCAGAACACAGAACAUGUCUGAACUAGUACCAUGGUAUUGACCAUGUUUUACAUUUAUGUUCUUAAAGCUCCUAAAUUAGACCUUAGUAACCCAAGAGCUUGCCUGUGUAAUGUACUUUCAUUCACUUGGUGCGUGUUAGCAAUACAGAAUAGAAUAGAAGUCUUUAUGUGCAACAUCAGUGGACCACAUCAACAAGUAUUUGCUUCAAUUAAGUAAGUACUGACAGCUAAUUGCAAUUGGACUUUUAUUAUAGUUACAAAGAAAACAUUUUCACAAAAAUAUUUGGGGAAAUAUAUAUCACUUCAGAGUUAACUCCUACAGUGAGGGGAAUUUGCUAACAAAACUUGGGUUUGUGAGUAAAGUAGCAGCUAAUUCUUUAGAGCUAGCUUUUGUGGCUCCUAGGAAAAAACACAUGGCUUGCUGGGUCAUUUCACAUAGAUACUAUAUUUGUAUAGACAUUACAUAUGCAUUACUGUUUCUUGACAUCAUUUAUACAUGUCUAGCUUCUGAUUUCUAAAAUAAUAAAAUGUAGAACGUA